AUGAUCACGAGACGACUAGCACGCCCAGCCAGUGCCUUCACAGCUUCAGCAUGGACAUGCCCAGCAUGCACCAGAGCAUCCCUCCUCUCACAACCUCCCCGCUCACGGCAAACCCAACUCCCCCAACGCCGCUCCUUCCAAUCCACCUCCCGCCUCACCCACUCCGUCCCUGCACUCCCCUACGAUGACACAUUCAAGCUCCAUGGCAUCCCUGGCCUUCUCAGCCCCCAAGCCUUCCAAAUAGCCUGGACCAACUACCAAGCCCUCCUCGUCUCCAAACUCAACGAACUCACAGCAGGCGAAUCCUACCAAGAUGACAAACCCAAAGACCUCGCCAUCCGCUUCGCCCGCGACCCCAUGGCCGCCGCCCUCUUCAACCACGCCAGCAUGGCCAGCAACAACCAUGCCUUCUUCCUCACCAUGAGUCCUUCGCCCAUGAAGUUGGAUCGAAUGCCCACACUCCAUCAAUCCCUCACCGCCACGUUUGGAAGUAUAGAGACGCUACGAACGACUAUGCUCGACACGGCCUCCGCGAUGUUCGGACCCGGUUUCGUGUGGUUAGUCUGGGCCCGUAACCUCGACCCCCCUCCGGGCCAAACCGGCCGCGGCGCCUGGCGGAUCCUGACAACCUACCUCGCCGGCUCACCUUACCCAGAAGCAGGGUACCGGCAGCAAGGCCUCGACACAAACACAACCAACGCGGAGGGCUACCAAACCUACCAAACCACCACACGGCCGCUCGGCGCGUUUGGCGCGCACUCGCAGAGUUCGCAUGAGCGGGCUUCCCUACCGCCGGGAGGGACAAGCGUGGCGCCGGUGUUGUGUGUGAAUACGUGGGAGCAUGUGUGGUUGCGGGAUUAUGGGAUUAGUGGGAAGCGGAGUUUCUUGGCGGAUUGGUGGGAGGCGAUAGAUUGGAAUGCCGUGCAGCAUAUUGCGCCGACGGAGGCGACGCGGCCGUUGCAGUUUCAGCGGGCGUAA